UCCUUUGACUUCAGGACAUAAAGACGAGUGUGAGCACUGAGGGGGGGCUUCAGUGCAUCUCACCAUCACAUCAGAGAGGGAGAAAAGAAGACAUGUCCUGCCUGGGGGCUUUCAUCGGUCUCUUCUCCUGCAUGGUCCUCCUCAUUGUCCACUCAAGUGAUGGCUCUGAGAUUAUCAAUGGGAAAGAAGUGAAGCCCCACUCGCUGCCGUACAUGGCCCUGCUUCAGAGUCCCAAACAAUUUUGUGGAGGGAUACUGAUCGAUAAAUCAUGGGUCCUGACUGCUGCCCACUGUAAAGAGGGUUCCAAUAUUGAGACCGUGCGGCUGGGGGUGCACUCCAUCAAGGCAAAUGAAGAGAAUUCCAGGCAGGUCAGAAAGGAUCCAACGCAUUUUCCACAUCCUGGCUAUAAUUCAGAUACAAAGGUCAAUGACCUCAUGUUGCUCAAGCUUGACGAAUCUGUGACUGAAACCGACACGGUGAAGUGUCUUAAGUUGGGUGAUGCCAUCAGAGAACCAGCAGCUGGGACCAGCUGCAUGGUGGCAGGAUGGGGCAAAACACACGAGACUGCAAAGGAAAUGUCCGACGUCUUGAUGUCUGUCAAUGUGACUGUGGUCGACAGAGUGAAGUGCAACUCUCCUGCAUAUUACAACAGCAGACCUGUGAUCACCAGUGGCAUGAUAUGUGCCGGUUCAGACGGGAAAAAUGAAGCUGACACCUGUGGGGGGGAUUCAGGAGGCCCACUGGUGUGCAGCGGAGUGCUGGUUGGAGUCACUUCUUUCGGAAGAGGGUGUGGCCGGAUUCACAAUCCAGGAGUGUACACGUAUCUCACAGAGGAAAAACUCAAAUGGAUCAAAGAGAAAAUGAUGAUGUAAUGAGCACUCGCUGUGAGGGAUUUUGUAUUUGCAACCAUGUUAAUCAAUUCUAUGUGAGGUGAUACGAGGGAGAUUUCUGCUUCUGCUGCUAUAAAACAGGCCAAGGUGAUUUUAUUUUGAAAUCUAAACUGGAGAGACACGUGUUUAUCAUGACAGCAAAUCGCCAAAGGGACAUUAUUGAGUCCUUCAACCAGACUGAUGCCAACCAGACGGAUUCAUCACUUCCUGCAUCAAGAGCCUAAUUUGAAACUGAGGCUUCAGCUCAAGUCUUGUGGGAAAAAAGUGUUGUAAUAAAGAUAAAUUCUGGGCCAUGAUGUUUUACUUAAUCAUCAGUGAUCCAUGUUCUCAUACUGUGUUAAAACCCAACAUCAACAUUUCUGUCAUCAGGCAGAGGCCGAAAUAAAGAGGGCACAUGGUCUGUCUCUCUUUCUCUCUCAGCUUUUCUUUCUCUCAGCUGACUCUUUUAUGUUUUGUUCUCCCUCCCAGCGCCGUGUUUUCUCUGGUUUCAGGGUCCUAAGAUCAGUGUUCAAAUAAAAACAAAUCAUUGUA